AGUAUUCAUCCUUGCUCCCAAGGAACGGACGUACGCUCUAGCUCACUCGCUUUGGAACCGACUUACGAAACAAGUUUUACAAAUAUAUUCCCUUACAGAGUUGCGUUAUAAUAAAUUACCACAAUGUACUCAAGUGAACUAUACAAAAUACCGUAUUUCAGACUUAUUUUGAAAUGUUAAAUGACUAUAUAGAGUGCAUUUUGUGAAUUAAUAUCACUUGACGUAGGUGUUACAGAAACCUUAGUGUAUUGUUCUUGUCGAAGAAAUAAGACAAAUACCGUUGGUGACGCUGUUUGAAUUUUACGUUCUUUUACAAUUGCUUAUAAGAGCGCAUCGAGGCGUGUGUAAAAAAGAGACAAGAUGAGGUCCUAUCGGGCGAGAGCGACAGGUGUGGUGGCUUUGGCGGUUUUGUUAGCAACUAUAACAGGAUGUUCGUCGCAGACUCUCAGAAUAUUCCCAAUGCAAAAGCAGCAGACUGUAGCUGUUGGCAAGUCGGUAGUGCUGACAUGCCAGGCAGACGCUCCAGAUCCCGCACUUGUUACGCAACCACAGUGGAGAGACCCUAAAGGAUUGAUUAUAAACGAGGCUGCAGCUGGGACACGACCUGAAAUUUAUACGGAACCAAUGCCGGCAAAACAGCUUCAAUUGCUGUACAUAUCCUCCAUAACUACUGCAAUGGCGGGCAAUUACACCUGCGAAGCUGCAUACACCAAUAUGCCUCUCAGCGCGAGCGUUGUUUUGGACACUUUCGUCGCAAUCACAUGGAAUAAUGCUAAUGAGAACCAAUAUGCGACCAAGGGUAAGGAUUUUAAAGUCAUGUGCGAAGUCACUGCUGAACCAGCUCCAUCUGUAGAUUGGUUUAAAGAAGGCACUCCUAUUAUGACUGGCGAUCGAUAUGUCAUUCAUGCAAAUGGGUUGUUGAUUAAAAGUGUUGAAGAAAGCGACGAUGGCACAUAUACUUGUCGCGCUGUUGUCAUUCAAACUGGUGAAUUAGCAGAGAGAAAUAUUAAACUUGAGGUGUACACAGCUCCUGAAAUGGAAGAAAGAGAACAUAGAGUUGAAAUUAAAGAAGGUGAAUCUGCUGCGAUUACUUGCAAAGCGAGAGGGAAACCACCACCGACUUAUUCCUGGAUUAAAGCUUCCACUCGUGAGAAUUUGGCAACAACCUCCCGUUUCAGCGUGAACGAAAAUACUGGAUUGUUAACUUUCGAUAGGGUAGAAGCUGGUGAUUAUGGCAAAUAUAUCUGUAGUGCUGUGAACCAAGCUGGUCACAAUGAAACAGAAAUCGAGGUAGAAGUGCUCGUUAAACCGAAAAUAUUCGAGUUACUCAAUACAACUGCAGCAGAGAAUACUGAGGGAAGAUUGGAGUGUAAGGCGUCAGGACGCCCGGCUCCUCGUAUAAGUUUUAGGAAACUUAGCAAUAAUGAUAGAUUUUUGAAUGGACCUAAUGAUGAUGGAAGGAUAACCAUCGAAACCAGCAGUCGUCAGACAGGCGAUCAAAUGCAAUCAACUGCUUUAAUGUCAAUUUCGCGGCUCAACAGAACCGAUGAUGGACUUUAUGAAUGCGUUGCUGAAAACGAAGGCGGAGAAGCAAGGAAAAAUGGCCAUCUCACAGUUCAAUUCAGACCAUCAUUGGCCCAUAUGUCAAACGUACCUAUUUGGAGUUGGAAUGCACAACCCGUUAAUAUAAGUUGUAUUGCAGAAAGUAUACCCAAUGCCACUAUUAAAUGGAAAUUCCACGAUUAUGAUCUUGUUGAAUCGCCUCACGUCAAGAUUUACGGUUCAGGGCCUAUCAGUUAUGUGACUAUAACACCAAUCGACCGAAGUCUAUAUGGCGUAUAUAAAUGUAUUGCCACAAAUACUCUAGGUGAAGCAGAACAUCCUAUACAUUUCAGAGAAGCAUUUGCACCCGGAAUCGUCACACAGGCAAGACAAGAAACAAUAACCGCGACAUCGGUUUCAUUCAAUAUCGUGGGCCCGGCCGAAGAAAUGGGACCGCCAAUAUCGGCUUACACAACCCAAUACAAAGAAAACGGAAAUUUCGAUUGGAAUUACGCGAUGAAUCGAACGUGGUCCGUCAAUUCACCGUAUAUCGUUGAGAAUUUGAAACCUAUGUUUACAUACGACUUUAGAUUCGCGGCCGUUAACCAAGUCGGUGUAGGCCAAUGGGGUUCUCCGAUUACAGUUAUCAUGCCCAGAAGAUCACCACCGGAACAACCAAAGUGGAGAGAGGCAAUAAGUUCGGAAUCAUUAAUCCAUGGUAAAUACGCUGACAAAUAUGAAUUGCAAUGGCGAGUGCCUGCCCAUAACGGAGAGCCGAUUGAUAUGUAUGAGAUCAGUUAUUGCCCAGUUCUUAAAGUGAGCGGCGAAUGGCGUGUAUCGGACGAGUCGAACUGCGUUACGGAGGAACUGAAGUCGUAUGACGCAAUAAGUUAUGAGAUCCGCAACCUUCAUCCGGACACUCGUUACAGGAUGCACGUCCGCGCUCACAACGUCCUGGGUUACUCGGUUCCAGCUCAACUUUACGUUCAAACCGCGCUCGGUGUGGAACGUUCUGGAUUUGCGCCGCCUAAACUACUUUCAAGUGGAGCUAUAAUAGGAGUGGCUUUGGCUGGCGUUUUAAUUUGCCUCAUCAUAGUGGAUCUUCUACUGCUUUGCUUCCGAAGACAGGGCGUUAUUGCAACAAUAUGUGGCAAACGAGUUAAGAAACACUCGGAUGACGAAGCGAAGCUGGGAAGUCUGUACGGUUGGCGCUUCCCGCUCCCUUAUUGCAGCACGAAGCCGCGUUCGCCGCCUUCCCCCGCGCCACUGCCGCCGCCCGUCAAGCUCGUGUCGACACCUACAGAUGAAAAGGAACCUCUUAAAGAGACUGGAGAAGACGCCAUCAAAAGAAACUCAUCGGUAGAAUUCGAUGGACGUAGAGUAUACGCCACCAGUGGAACAAUUAUUGGCAAAAACUCCGCAGUUUAAAGAAGUUUCUCGAAUCACUUUUGAAAAUUUUACUUAAUAAGACAGAAUAAUAUUUUUGUUCUUGAAUGCGAAGAUAAUACGAGUAUGUGCUUGUGUAUUUGUGAUAUGCGAUCAGUAUUCGUAAACGCCAAAAGACGAAAAUAUAUCCUUAUAUAAUUAAGUGCGUAUCGGCUUAUCGCGUCUUGCUAUUAUUAAAAUUAUUGAAUAAAUUGUGAAAAGUGAAAUACUGCAAUUGAUAUACAAAACAUUACUAAAAAGAAUCACCGGAAAAUAAAUUAAAUACUAUAUCGAUAUUCUUAAAAAUCUAUUUCGAAAAGUUAUGAAUCGUGGUUCCAGGAGAUUUGAGGUUCUGUCAUGAGGGUAUAGAAUAGAUUGUAUAUAUCAUUUAUAGCAUAGUCACAAAUAUGUAGAAGUUUUAAGUCACACCAGUCAUUUCCUCUCUGUAGUCUUUUAGCUACGACACUUAAAUCUGAUAUUGAUUAGUUUACUUUAAGGUAUUUUAAGUUUAUUUUUUACAUUCAUAUAAUAUUUUUUGAAUAAAAAUACUAUGCGAUACAGUUCUUUAUAGUUAAAAAGUUUUAGACGCUUAAUAUUAUAUAUUUUAAAGUGAACAAAUAUCUCUCGUAUAUAUUUGGUCUAUGAUAAUAAGUAUUACACACAUCAUAUGCACUAAUCAUUCAUAUAUAUAUAAACGAUGUAAAUAAUUUAUAAUAUUGUAAAUAGUUCAACGUAUUUUAGUUGGCAGAUAUGCAUUUGUUAGAUGCUUUAGAUAUAAAAAAAAAAUAUUUAACAAGAUCUCUUCAAUUUUCUUAACGUUUUAUUUAGGGAUACAUGAUUUAAUGUAAGUCUAUUAUAUUCAAUGAAAACCUCCAAGAGAACAGCGGUUACUAUUAAGCUAGGUAAGUUUUGUGUUUAACAAAAUAAUAUCUGAACCAUCAAAAUGUAGUACCAUAGACAGUUUCAAAUAUCGUUAUGGUAACUCCAAUAUCAGUCGCUUUCAGCCUGCUAAAAUAGACGGCCGGAUUAUCGGGCUGAUAAAAUAUAAGAUUUGAUGUAUGCAUCAUCGACAGUUUUGUUACAGUGAAGUGUAGUGAAGUGAAGUAAGAUUCAAUACUAUAAGAUGGCUGGUUUUCUGUUAGUCUAUCUCUAUGUUUUGUACGUCUCAAUAUUAAAUUUUGUAUAUUGUAAGUUGUUUCGUGUUAAUGUGAAAUCAUGAAUGCACUUACUGUAUUAUUUAUGUAUCUUUCAUAAAACUAGAUUCGCUUUAAUGUCACAUUUUACUUUAAAUGUUCCUUCGGAAAUUUACUACUUAAUUAAUGUUUAUACAUUAACUUUUUUACACUGAGUCCAUCAGACCAUUGCGUUUUUUGGACACGAUAUAUAUUAUAUAUACCUAAAUCAAGCUUUAUAGUUAUAUUCUCGUAAUGUAUGCUUGAGAUUACAAAAAGAUUGUAAGGCGCAUUUUAUAAAAUAAAUGUCUUUUGAUAUAAAAUA